AACCAACCUUUUCAUUUAAGAAUAAUCAAGUAACUAAACUCACUCAAGAUCUAUCACCAUGACUGAUUUUAUUCAUCAGAAUCCGGACGGUAGCUAUACCCGAAUCUCAAUGCCAAGCACCCCGCCCUCACCGGACCCAACCUCUCUCUCUGCAGUUCUAUCCAAAGAUGUGACGCUUAACCCGACCCGUAAUACUUGGGUCCGAAUAUACUUGCCCUCGAAAGCAGUACUAGCAGACAACUCCUCCACCACUACAGCCCAUAAUAAGCUCCCUCUUAUUGUCUACUACCAUGGCGGUGGCUUCGUCUUCACUCACGUUUCUACAUCUCUGAACCACGGUUUCUGCGACACAAUGGCUGCCCAACUCGACGCUGUGGUGGUCUCCGUUGAGUACCGCUUGGCCCCGGAGAGCCGGCUCCCGGCAGCAUACGACGACGCCAUGGAGGCGCUGGAUUGGGUUAAAUCCACGGACGAAAGUUGGGUGCGCCAGUUUGCCGACAUCUCCAACUGUUUUCUGAUGGGCACUAGUGCUGGUGGCAACAUAGUCUACCAUGUCGGAGCGAGUGCGAGUGCGCCCGCAUCCGUCGAACAACUUGCGCCGUUGAACAUCCGAGGGCUCAUAUUUCAUCAUCCUUUCUUUGGUGGGGUGGCCAGGACUGACUCCGAAAUAAGGGGUGUCGACGAUCUAGUCAUUCCUCGAGUCACUACGGACCUGCUGUGGGAACUUGGAUUGCCAAUCGGUGCUGACCGCGAUCACAAGUAUUCCAAUCCAACCGCCGAUGAUCAAUGGUCUAGUAACUGUGCUCGAAUCAAAGAGUUGGGGUGGCGUUUGUUGGUUGCCGGGGGUGAUCGUGAUCCUGUGUUUGAUCGCCAGAUGGAGUUUGUGGAGAAGCUCGAGAAAAAUGGGGUUAGUGUUAUCUCUCAUUUUUUCCCAGGAAAUCCUCAUGGGGUGGAGAUUACGGAUCCAAGUACAGCUCCGGUGUUGUUUGUUUUGCUUAAGAAAUUCAUAAAUAAUGACAUGUGAGACAACUUGUAUUGUUUUUAUUUACUAGUUCCUAAUUAUUUAUAAUAAUAAGAGUGAGAAAAGCAAUUUACAAAAUAUUUUUGACAAUAAAUAAAAUCAGAGUGAUUAAUAUAA